AUGCCUAUCUCAACUCAUUACUAUCAGUACCACCCGACCGGGUCGCUUCCCGUCAGCGUCCCAGGCAAAACUGCCACACAGCAAUAUACUCGGCACAAUCGCAGCUCCUCCAACUACAGCCAGUACUCCGCCUCGCCACCAGAAGCGCCAGAGAGCGUCGCCACCUCUGGCAGCCGCGUCUACUCGAGCGCAUCCAGCCAGUAUGCAGACGCCGACUACGAAUCGGCCAGCAGCGGAGCGACGAGCGUUGAUCUGCUCGAAUACAUGAGCGAACGACUCGCGGACACUUACAGCCCAAUGUCCAUGGAUCGGAAUUUGGCGAAACAAGCCCAGAUGUCUGGAGAGCUGAAUGCCAAGAAUCGCGAGCUCCAGGCUCUCAAAGCCCAGGCCAGGGCACGCCUUGCAAAAUCGCGGACCAACUUUUCCGAGGGCAUGAAAGCGGCGAGGGAAGUGCAGCGCGAUCUGGAGUGGACGCAGAAGAAAGUUCACGCUUUGAAUGCACGCGCUGCUCAGAAGUAUCCUGACCAGUACAGAGUCGCACGAGAGAGAUACCCGUCCGACUUUUGA